AUAAAACAUAAUGUUUUACUAGAAGGUUGGGAAAAAGUGGCCUGCUAUUUCAAAUCUUGCCUUGUUUUAUUAGGUAUUCUGUAGCUACAGUGUGAUCAUAGGAUCCUUAGGAUAAAGAGGGAAGAUAUGAUGAUCGUUCGGACUCAUAUGUGAAAAUAGGGAAAAUACAUUUUCGUACAACGAAUUUUGGGCAAAAAAGCAAAAGUAUACAGCACAAGAAAGAGAAAAAAGGAGAAAACCCCUAAUCAAUGUGUCACACGCUGGACUCAAACUGACCUCGCUUCGUUUACGAUACUUGGGAACAAUGUUGCUGUUUUCAAUUUUGGCUCUUUUUGUGUUUACAGAUAAAUCUUCCGGAAUUUGUCGAGAUGGCUUUGCGCAGGUGCAGAACUGGUGUUUUUCUUUCCACCUUCAGCCAGUAGGAAUGUACGACACAACACGUGAAUGUUCACGCCAGGGGGCGGGGCUAGUCAACCUGGACUCGGCAGAAAAAGAAAGGGCAUUAACUCAGUUCAUUGAAGAUAUGAAUUUCUUCGGUCUCCAACAGGACAGAAGUGCUCUCCGGCGAUCUCUAGAAGAACUGAUAAACACCGACAACGAUGCAGCCGCGUUUUGUGAGGACUAUAAGAAAUACAGAGAACAAUCCAAAUCCUACACCUUUAUUCCUAACGCCGAGAUCCCGCUCGGUUCUCACCCGGAAGACCGGGCCAACCACACCACACCGGAAGGAUUCAGUAUCAAACUAUCUACCAUCCCUGGAGCCGGGUUCGGGGGGUUCGCAGAGAGGUUUAUACCGAAACACACAAUCAUAGGAAGCUACGAGGGGCUCAUCCACACCAACCACAAAGAUGACGACCUAUACUCAUGGCAGACAGAGAAGGUCGGAUCGGAAGGAAUGUAUGUUAUCGACGCCGGAAAUCCGGCCAACAGUAACUGGUUAAGGUGGAUAAAUUGCGCGGGAAACGUGGAACAGGAAAACGUGAUCGCUGUGUCGUGCGCAGGUCUCAUUCUGUACAUGACAACCAGAGAUAUCUACCCCGGAAGUGAAAUGUUUGUCUGGUAUGGCGACGGUUACGGGGACUUUCUCAAAAUCAGUAGAGUUCACCCAGAGUCGGACCUACAGGGGAUUUUUAACAUCCGGGUCAACGUUCUCUCGUUUGAUGACGAGGACCGGACGGUCUACAGCGACGGAAGUCCCGUCACUUACAUGAACUGGGUCCCGGAAGCAGCGUCAGACGUCGUGGACAACACAUUCGGCCUCGUUCUGACGCACAACGGAAGUGAAUGGAAAUGGUUUCCGGAGAAGGACUAUCGAUAUUUUACUGGACCAGAUGGUCUACAUCUUCCCUUUGUGUGUGAGGAUAGAACCACUUACAAUGAAGACGGAGUUGUCGAUCCUGAUUACAAGGAACCAGAGGCGGGGGAGCCGUCUGCUAGUCACGUGGACUCAGACAUUUUAGCGGAAGGCGACGUGACGCCAUUAAAAAGUGAAGGUCGACUGGAACCGGAAGUAGUUUGUGAUGGAUCAGUGUAGAGCUUUCUUGGGUGUUUUUAUUUAUUUUGUGGGUUAUGUUAGGUGUGAGAGAGAGAGAGAGAUACAGAGAGUGAGAGAAAGAGAAGAAAGAGAGAGAGAGAGAACAGAUGAACAAGAGAGGUAAAGAGAGAAAAUAACGAUAUUGAGAGAGGAACAGAGCGAAUCAACAAGAGAGAGUGUUGAGGUUGAGCGAGAGGGGGAGAGUAAUAGGAAUGAUUAUUUAUUUUUGAAGUUUUUUAUUUCAAUUUUUCAAGCACAGAUCUGUGAUUCAUUUUAAAGUAUUAAACUGGAUAUUUAUUUUUAAGAAACCAUAUAGAAUAUUCCUACGUUAAUAUAUGAAUAUGAAUAUGUCUUUAUAAAUAAAAUUUAUAAUAUAAUAAC